AUAUGGCGUUGGUAAAUGUCUUAUUUAUCAACAUUGGGAAUGUAUUUUGGAUUAUUUCGGGAUGGAGGUAGACUUUGUGAUGCGACACUUUGUUACAGAGUUGUCCGAACUUGGUAUACACCUCUAUAAGGUGGUUUGAAUAUGCAAAAACACUUUUUAAAGUGACCUCAAUUUUCUUUGAUCGCAUUUGUUUAGAAUCGAUUUGCUAGCAAAAACAUGGCUGCCCUGUGUUUGGAUUGUGACAGUGCAACGUCAAACAUUUGUCUUCUGAUAGUAUGUGGUAGAUUUCGUUAAAACCAGAACUAGCUGUAUGCAUAUUGUUAUUUUUAGAGUGUUUUAAAACGUAGAAUAAUGGAAGAGAAGCACAAGGAGCUGCUAGAGUUGCACAGACAGAAGUUUCAUGCAGUUGAUGUUGAGCGACUGUACCCAAUUUUACAAGGGGCAGAUGUUUUGACAUCUGACGAGGUCAAGGAAGUUAACAGCCAGAAUUCCAAAAUUGCUAAAGUGGAAAAGUUUUUAGAUAUUCUUCCCCAGAAGGGCAGUUUAGCCUUUGAAAGUCUCUGUUUAGCUCUUGAAACUUGUUAUCCCCACCUUCUGACUGUCAUGUUUCUUGGGAGCAGUCGAGCAACUUCAGACUCUCGGUCGACGUCUCUGACAUCGGACUCUGAGGAUGAUAUGCGUCUUCGACCUCUUGUUGCAGACACUAGAUCACAAGAAUUCCGAAUGUCUUCACUGGGAACAGUUCGAAAAGUGAUUCCCUCUCACCAGUAUGACCCCAACAGUACAAGUAACAGCUACCCAACACUGAGCGAUUCGCAGCAGAGCCCCGGACCCAUGGAUGUCCUCCAGCCCUCCGUGCGUUCAUCGAGGGAUUACGACGGGCUGAGGAUGCAGUGUGAGUACGCCAUUAAUGAACUGCAAUCGAUGAAACAGCAGCAUGCAGAUGCUGUCAAUCGGUACGGACAGGUCGCCAUGGAGGCUGAAUAUCACCGCAAACGCUGCAAGUCAUCGCAGACCAAACAGACACAGCUCACUAACGAACUGCAGUCUUUGAAAUCAGAAAAUCUGGAGAUUGUGAACGAGCGGAAAAAACUGGAAGAGCAGGUGAUUAAUUUGCAAAAGUUACGAAAAGAAGACCGGCAAGAAAUUUCUGAUUUAUGGAACCAGCACCGGAAGUUUGUGAACGAGCGUGUGUCCAACAACGAGAUAGACGAAAUCUGCAGUACGGUGAUGACCAAGUUUGAGGAGAUGAAGACGGAGUACGAAGCUCUGCGGGAAAGGUACGACGAGCUGGCCUUGACCCACACCAGUGUCGUCAGCCAGCUCGAGUUCCUAACUGAGGAGAAACGACGAUCUCAGAAACAGAUGGAAGAACUGUGUGUCGCGCGUGACUCCGCUAUGAUGGAAAGAAAUGGACUGCAGCAUCAGUGUACGUCUGUGAUACAAAACUGGAACGAACGUUUGCUCGAGUGCAAUCAGCUGAAGGACAAAUUGACGCGAAUAACACAGCAGCGAGACAAGUGGAUUGUCGAUUACAAUCAGGCUGUACAGAAGCAGUUCUCGAUUAAGAAAGAAAACGAGGCAAUGCAGAAGGAAAAGGAUGAAGCUGUGAAAAAUUACGCUUUAGUUCUGUCAGAAAGGGACACUGUUCAUAAUGAAAUUGAACAGCUGCAGGAGAAACUGAACAGUGCCUUGAAACGAAUUGAGAUGUUUGAGCAGGAAAAGAAAGAUAUCGAGAAUGAGCGUGAGACGCUGCGACGUGAAAUAUCGUCGGCUCUCCAGGACCGAGACAAAUACAAGCGUGAGAGGAACGAGGUCAGUGGAAUGAAGCUUGAGGUUGAGCAGCAGCGAAAUGAAUUUCACAAGGAGUACUUGCUGAUGUCGCAGGAGCGUGAUAUAGCACGGAAGGAACGGCAUGAGGCCCUGGACCACAUUGACAGGAUCAUUAAGGACACGUACGAAAAGACACAGAAAGAGAAAGCGGAAGAGAUCGACCACGUCACCAAGGAAACUGAUUCACUGAAGAACCAGAUUGAAAAAUUGCGUCAAGACCUUAGCGAUGCCCUGCAAGAAGCGGAGAUAGCAAAGAAGCGUCGAGACUGGGCGUUCGGUGAGCGUGACAAAAUCGUCCAGGAGAGGGAGAGUAUCCGCAGUCUGUGUGACAACCUACGCCGCGACCGUGACCGUGCCGUCAGUGACCUGGCUCAGGCCUUGAGGGACUCGGACGACACCAAGAAACAGAAGAUCGAGGCCUGCAAGGAACUCAAGGAAAUAAAAGAAAAGUAUGAAGCGUUGGCUGAGAGAGAAUCGCGGAAAACCCAGCUCAAUUCAAUAGGUCACAACCAUUCGCGAGACUCUGCCAUUGAUGCUGACCUCCAGGAAUGGGAAUCUGAGACUCUUGAUAUUGAACUGGAACCCUUUGAAGGUGCUGGCUAUGGAUUUGACAUCAUUGGAGGUCGCGAUGACCCCCAGUUUCAGAAUGAUCCAUCCAUAUACGUGUGUCAUGUUGCCAAGGCAGGUCCAGCAGAUGGCAAACUCAGAGUGAAUGAUUUGGUUCUCAAACUAAACAACUUGGAUGUGACAAAUGUCGACAGACGAUCAGCCAAGCAGGCGAUAAGGAAGCAAGGAACACUAAUAAUGGUUGUGAGAAGACGGAAAUCAACAAGUGCCAGAAUUUGGCAUCCUCUCCAGAUCACCUUGUCGUGUCAGAAAGAUCCUGGAAUUAGUAUUGAGCAAGGUUUGUUCAUUGCUCGCAUUAGUCCUGGAGGUAUGAUUGCCAAGGAUGGAAUUAUGCUGAGUGUUGGAGACCGCAUUGUCAAGAUAAAUGGAAAACCCACUGAUGGUAUGUCUGCCUAUGAAGCAAUGAAGACUCUAGAAAAGAGCAACAACCCGAUACACCUCGACAUAUGGCGCCAAGCUUCACCCAUGAACUCGGCCGGUUCAUCGCCGACGCCGACCAACCAGUCGUCCAUGUCACCUCUGUCGGAUCAGCCUCGUGUCCUGUCGGGGAUGAGUAAGUCGGACACCAUUCCUCAGCGUGCCGCCAUGUGGGACACUUCUAUGGACAGCAGUAACGGCGGUGUUGCCGGGAGCAACAAGAAUCUGAGAAGCCACGGUUCGCAGACGGACAGUUUGGACAGCCCGGGACCGAGUCCGAGAAAGGGAGGUGGCCGACAUCCUGUGCAUCACGACAUGGAGAAAGCGCGGCACAGUGUCCAUGUGUUAGACAGGGCCAUAGAGAAAGUGGAGAAGAUUUUCCGUCCCCGGCCCAAGAGUCAGGAGCGCAACCUGGAAUACUGUCUCACACCAGUGUUAAAAAGUGGCAGCAAGACUAAUAACUCGUGUGCAUCUCGGACAGCGUUAUCGAACGAAAAGACGGAAAAUGUGAUUGCCGAAUUCGAUGCUGUGUUAAAGCGAGACGAUCAUAGUAAAGAAAGCCGAUCGUCCAAGGGACGUAAGCGCGAACUGGAACAGGAAAGCAACAGUGGGACGUGGCCCAAAUCUCGGAACCAGCAACUAACGACGUUCUCGGGACCUGCUACUGUGAUAAUGCGGCCGUCGCAGCACCGGAUUAAAGAAAGGCCUUCGAUAAAGUCGUCGCCAUUCUUCGACCCUCCCACGAAUUUGUUCCUGCGUCAUGACCAUGAUAAAUCUCCGCAGGUGAAGCACAUAUCUCAGAACUCCGACUCCAGUGUUAAGUAUAACAGCUCCUGUUCCCCACCUCAGAACUCCGUGUUUGUGGCCAACGCGAAGGAAUCGCCGCUAAACAUUCCAGUGGGAGUUGUGAAGGGCACGCAGCAACCCAGACACAGUGUGUCUCAGUUCUCCCACAGCCAGACUUCCCAUGGCGAUCAGUAUCAGAUGCAUUCGCCGACGAGUUAUGUGCCGCCUCCUUUGGUGACCAGCUCGUCUUCGAGAGCAAUUGAGAAAUCGGUGAAGCAUCGGCGCCCAACCUCCGCUACCCAUCACAAGUCGGACAUUCACAAUCGUCGAUCCGCUUUCGUGCUGGCUUCGUCUCCGAGUUCUCACAGUUCGGAAAAACAGCAGAUGUUAAACUUUCGUCCGUCUUCUCUUCAAGUCCCAGAGUCUAUAAACUUUAUGUCGCCAGAUAAUCGUUUUGCUUUCCCGUUGAACUUAAAUGAAAAUCGGAUGUCGUCUCCUUCGAGUUCUAUUGGGAGCAACAUUGGGAGUCGGUUGUCACACCACAACCAUUCAAUCAGCCCUCAACCCCAGAACAUGCACAGUCGUUCGGGUCACUACCUCCCCCCGGCUGGUCCGAACCCAUACAGUCCAGGGUGUGUGUCUAGUCAACAAGUCAUGAGCAUGCCCUACAGCCUGCCCGCGUCUGUCAUCUCCGACAUCGACCUCGAGCGGCCGCCCUACUCGUGUGUGUCCGAUCGGUAUGGAUCUCCUAGUCUGUCUCAACAUAGCAGUACGACGCUGAGUGACGAGUACAUAAUGUACGACAGAGCAUCUCCCAUCGGUCCGUGUCUGUUCAACACACACAUCCACUCAACGCUGCCCAAACGAGGCAGGGACACCGAGAGAAUCCGCAUUCCUUCCAGCACCAGUGUCAGCAACAAAUCUGGCUCUGUAGAAAUUGUGUCUGAAAGAAGCAGCCCUAUCUCGCCAGUGUUUAGUGAACGGAUCGGCUACUUGAGAUCACCACUCACAGAAGAUGGAACCUCGCAGUAUAAGUGGAGGAAACCACUUCCUGGUGAUACUCGGACCAUCAACAUCGAGAAGAAUGCUGAACCGGUGGGAUUCAAGGUGGAAAAUGGACCGUCAGGAGGAAUCUUUGUGUCGUCUGUCAAUCAAAACAGUCUGGCUGCGGAAGCAGGGUUAUUUCCUGGGGACCAGUUGUUAGAGGUUUGUGGGAUCAACAUGAGAAAUGCCACAUUUGAUAAUGCUCUGACUGUGCUGCGACAGUGUGGAGAUAACCUGUCAAUGAAAGUACAGUUUAACCCGGAAAAAUACCGUGAGCAGCACGACACCUCAAGCGCGAGUUCCGUUUCAUCGAUGACGGUCGGCAGCAUGAGUCCGAUGAGUCCAAUUAGUCCAAUGAGUCCAGACCAUUCCCAGCCCCACUACCCCAUGUCAUCCCCCCGUGGCAGCGAUGCCUACUCCUCCCAGCGCAGCACCGACUACCGGCGCUGCGAGAUGCAUCGCCACGUGGACAGCAGGGACCACCACGACACCGCCAGCAGCACGUCGCUGGCCUCGUCCAAGGGUCACGUGACCAAGUCACCCUCUCACAGCCAUUCGUCUUCUCGGGGAAAGUCUAGCAGCAAUGACAGUACGUAUGAGCGUCCACGCUAUGUGACCCUAAAGAAAAGAAACCCAAAUAGCAGUAUUGGUUUCAGUAUUGUUGGUGGAAAUGCAGUGGGCAUAUUUGUCCACGAAGCCCCACAGGAAAGUCUGGUGGAAGGAGCAAACACAAUUCAACGAGGGGACCAGAUUCUAGAGUAUAACAGCCGAGAUUUUCGAUCAUUUACUGCGGAGCAGGCAGCCAUUGAGUUAUCAAAACCAUGUUCAGUGAUGCAGAUCCUAGCACAGUUCAAUCUAGCAAAGUACAACAAAAUACAGACCCAGCCUGGGGACUCCUUCUACAUCAAGUGCAACUUCGACCGGACCGCUGAAAAUGAAGGAGAGCUCACAUUUCGCCGUGACGAUGUAUUGCUGGUGGAGAACACUUUGCACCAAGGAUCCAUGGGAUCGUGGUAUGCCUGGCUGGUCGAUGACGAAGGCAAAAAGAGCAGAGGGGGAACAAUUCCAAACAAAAUUGGGUUGGACGACGAGGUACUGAGGAGGAGUUUGUCCGAAAGUAUGAGUCUGCAUGACUCUGACGAGAUCAAGCCGUCCUCUAGACGAGGCUCGGGCUCCACGCGGAGAAGUUUCUUCAGGAGGAAACGCCACCAAAGAAACAACUCCAAGGAUAGCCACGAUCUUGGAUCCUUUUCAGAUGCAUCCAUCAACAGUGAUUCAUUUCCAUUGCCUGAUGAUUCCAUAUUUGGAUAUAGUACUGUUGAACGUAUAGAAAGUUCGAUGGUUCGCCCCGUUCUACUGCUCGCUCCUCUGUCAGAUUCCAUCAUCAACAAGCUCAUUUCGGAAUCACCAGACAAGUACUGUUCCUGUCCAAUCACUGUGCUGAACUCGUCUGCCCACCAGAUGGAGCAGAGUGUGACGGAAGGCUGUAUCAUAGACUACUGGAAGAGAGACGACCAGCACGAGUGUAUCUAUGUCAGUUCUAUUAGAGAAGUCUGUGAUCGAAAAGUACACUGUUUGAUGAAUGUUGGCCCCUCUGUGAUUGAAAGACUACACCGACUAAAAAUAUAUCCUAUUGUGAUCUUUGUAAGACACAAAAGUCCUAAACAAAUCAGAGAUGUUCGUGACGUGCAGUUUCUUCCCGAGAAGUUGACGAACAAAUCGGCGAAAGAAUCUUUCGAACAGCACAAUAAGAUUGAGUCUGAUUACUAUCACUUGUUUUCUGUGGUUAUCCAUGGAGACAACCUUGCUAAAAUGUGCAUGCAUAUCAAAACAAAAAUUGCAGCUGAGCAGAAAAAGCCCAUUUGGAUUCCAGUGUCGCGGUCAUGAUAUUGACAUUUCAACUGACAGACAGUUUCAUUGCGUUCACAGUUUGUUUUUGGACCAAGCAACCCUAGCCAUUGGACUUGGUCAAGUUAUGUACACCUUAGUGCUUUGGUGUCAGUGGUGGUAUAGGUUUAGAUGAUAUGUGCCGGGACUGCGGAUCUGCAUUGCUUAGAAUCAGCUGUGCCAUACCUAUAGAUUAUUGCAUGAGCAGGAGUGCCAUACAAAAUUUAUGGAACGAAAUUGGGAAUUAUUUGAUUCCCUGAGUAAGAGCAAGGGUAUAAAACAAUCCCCAGGCGAAUUCCAUUAAUUUCAGGUGGUACUUAAGCAAAUGUGAUAAUUCUACUAUUAACUACAGACCGUAAUUUAUAGCAAACAUUAAGUAUGAUUGCAUUUGUUACACAAUCCAUGCUAAUAACAUUCAACAAGGUCAGUUACAGAGAUGAAGAAUUACUGAAUCAUACAUGUAGUAAAUAAAACAACAUAAAUCCAGCUACCAUAUAUUAAUUAAAUCCAUAAAGAAAAAAAGUUAGUCGAUGCAAGUUAAAAAUUUCAGAGAUACGUCAAUGUCCAUUUCACAAGCAGCAACUGCCACAAGCUUGCAGCUGCUAUACAGACUAGUGAUGACAGGUGUAUAAUAACAAUAUUGUUAUGGCCCAUGCCAUAAAGAUGGUAUGAAGUAAUAUGAUAAUUAUAUGUAAAGUAUGUGUGUAGUAAUGAAACGUAAUGUGUUUGAACGUAGCUCAGUUUUCUUUCGUUGCAUCGAUGUGGACCACUUGCCUGUGCUUUAUGUUUUCGUCCAUGUUCUGAGGUUGAUUUCUACUUGCACCGACUCUUGCAAUCACCAUUACAAAUAUUUUGCCAGACAGUCGCAAAUACCACUGAGUGUAGAACAUAGAUGUUGUUGCCCUUCAAAUAGUGUGUAUACCUUAAAGGACUUUCCAGUGUUACCAAGUGUCUUAAGCUUAGAUUACACUGUACGAUGUAACACAACUAUUGUUGAGUUGAGUCACGUCAUGUAGUGUAUAUGAAAAAACAGUCAUCUGUGAUUCAUUUUUAGUAGGCCCGACGCCAUUUGACACGACCAAACAUGUCCUAUUGCAGAUGAUAUCUGUCAUAUAGAGUGACUCACGACGAUAUGCUACCAUCCAGUUGAAUCAUAUAAUGUGAUGUAUGUUUUAGUGGCUGUAUGUUAAACAUAAUACAGCUGCCGAUAACAAUAAACUGUAGAGUCAUCACGCAGACAAAUCUUUCCUUCAACUUUCAAACAGAAGUCUUCAUAUAAAGACUUUAAAUAAAUGUUAUAAAAUAUUUGUUAUACAACCAACUUUAUUGUGAUAUAAUGCAGUAUAAUAAAUGCAAUCUUAAAAUGUAAAAUGACCAUUUGAUAUGAAGGUAAAUGUAAAUUUAUUGUACAUAAAUAUUUGAAAGCGUUAUAUCUCGAAUUAAAUUAGGCUCAAUUCAGAUGUAGAUAUGAGAGUUGGUUAUUUGGAGAUAUGCUUUGUUUUUGUACCAUGAAUUGACAAGUUAACUUAAUAAAGAGAGAUUGGAAAAUUAUUUUUUGGUUAACCACCAUUUUCAUUUAGUAGCAGUAAUAGAGCAGGCACUAAUCUAACUGGUGAAAUGUGUGUGUGUGUGGGGGGGGGGGUUGGGUGGUGGGGGGGGUCACCAAAAGUUAGCUUAAGUAACCAAGUUGUCAGCAGUAGUAAGAAGUCAAAUUUUGUAAAAAUCACACAAUAGACGUCAAGAUACUGACUUGUUUAUUAUGGCGUUUAUGAUGAUCUAAUACUGAGCAUGUCCACUAGUUAUUUCAGUAAAACUAGGAUUGAAAACUGAUUGUGGUCUGAAUUAAAGUAAUCUUUUACACAACUGCUGGUUCACUUUGCCAUCUUUUAUCAAACUUUCUUUUUUUCUGGAAAGGGAGAAGUCACUUGCCUCCUAUUUCAAUCCUAGAUUAGUGCUUGGUAGAGAAAACUAACACUUCAUAGCUAUUAGCUUUAUUUCUGAAUAAAAUACAACGAAAAGAUAUAUGGUUGUGAAAAUCGAACUACUGGUGAACAUUUAAUGUAUGUGUCAUAGUGUACAGUUUUUGUAGACUACUGUCUGUCUAAUUUAAUCGAAUCAUUACUUUCAGAAUCUUUCUCUCUAAGUUGUUAUAUGAUAGUCUAAUAGCAGGUAAAUAUUACCUAUGUAUAUUCUGGUCUGUACCACACAUCAGAAGAAAGGAAUUCUUUAAUGGAUAUUGUAAUGUGAUAUUUGAACAUUUGCCACUUAAAACAAUCAUGCUUGUGUGUAAAUGUUAUCAUUAUGUGAUUCUUUUGUAGAUUUUCUUAGUAGAACAAAUUAGAACUGUUGUUAUUGACAGAAAGUCAACUUAUUUUGAAGGAUGUUUUUAUGUAGGUGUUAUUUACUCUGAAAUUCGUCUUCACUGAGACUAAUAGUUCAUUAUUGCCUUAGAUCAUGACUUCGUCUUCAGUUUUUAUUGUAUUUUGUGUUAUAAAACACAUGAAUUUUCAGAAACAGUUGGAUUAAAAGUGUUCUAAAUUGUAAACAUUUAUUUCUACUCCACUGUAAAAUCCACUGGUGUUACUUGAAUGGUGCAAAAAUGCUUGCUAAAUUUUUUUAGUUUUUACUUAAUAAAGUAAAAUGACGGUGACCAUAGGUGUAAGUUGUUUGCCAUUCACAAAUAUGUAAAAUAAAAAAUGUGUGGUAGUGCCAACAAUCCUGUUGCAUUGAGACCGAAAUGGUGGAAUAAUUGAUCAGUUGUUGUGUUCGUUCUGUUUGUAUUAUGGCACAGUUUGGUGCUAGUUUUGUGUUGUGAGGUCACCAGACACAAACCUGCUACAAGUAUUUCCUACCAGCUCUAGAAUAAACAUGAAUUUCUGGCAGGAUGGUAGACAUAUAUUAUAUCAUUGUUUACGGCAACAUAAAGUCUGGUUUUCAUCACAUUUAUUUAUUGCUACAAAAGAUAUGCAUCUCUAUAAUUUGUUCAUGUUCUGUGAUGUUUGUAAUUUAGUCAUUGUUAGUGGCUGGUACAUGAAAUCAUGCUUGUGCCUUUUCUUGCUCACCUUUUCUGUAAUUUUGUAUUUGUUAUUAUUCAUAAAAUACUAUUGGUUGCC